AUGGCGGACCAGGCGGAGGCCUUCGUAGCGGCGAUCGACCAGGGAACCACCAGCACGCGUUUCAUCAUCUACGACCGCCACCGAAGACCAGUCGGCUCCCACCAGGUGGAGUUCACCCAGAUCUAUCCCGAAGCCGGGUAAGCUUGACGGCCUCCGCCGCCGUUGCCGGCGGCGCCGUCGGUGGUAGCGGGUGGGUUCCAUUUGUCUUCGUCUCUGCUCCGUCUGAUGACGGGAAGGUGGCCGCAGAUGGGUGGAGCACGACCCGAUGGAGAUCCUGGAAACCGUGAGGGUGUGCAUGGCCAAGGCCGUCGAGAAGGCGGGGGCGGCGGGGCACGGGAUCGCCGCCGGGAUCAGGGGCGUCGGGCUCACCAAUCAGCGGGAGACCACCGUUAUCUGGAGCAAGUCCACGGGGCUGCCGCUCUACAACGCCAUCGUCUGGAUGGACGCCCGCACCAGCGGCAUCUGCAGGUCUUCAUCCCCAACCCACUCGCUUCUUCAUUCCUUCCCCCUUUUCCCUCAGAUCCCCAGCUCCACCUUCGUCCCCGAGUUCGUCGGCCUCUGUAUCCGACUGGAUCGCUGCCGAUAUUUCCUUUCGGGUGGAUCGAUCAUGCUCCCGCGCUGCGCUUCGAUUUACGGUUCUUCCUGAUUUCGCCGCAUUUAUUCGUCGAUUCCGGUGAAAUUAUGGAUCUCGGCGGUUGGUGAUUCCUGCGGAUACGGGGGCGAUCUUCGUCCAUUUGGUUAUUUUUUCCCUCAUCAGGAGGGACGCUUAGAGUUUGGAGGAUUCCUGAUUUUCUUUUGGGUGGGGUGGCUUGAUCCGGCAGGAGGUUGGAGAAGGAGCUCGCCGGCGGAAGAACCCACUUUGUGGAGACCUGCGGGCUGCCCAUCAGCACCUACUUCAGCGCCGUCAAGGUGCUGUGGAUGCUCGAGAACGUUGAGGCUGUGAGGGCCGCCGUGGAAUCCGGCGACGCCCUCUUCGGCACGGUGGAUACCUGGCUGAUCUGGAACCUCACCGGCGGCGCCAGCGCCGCCGGAGGGAUUCACGUCACGGACUGCUCCAACGCCUCCAGGACGAUGCUGAUGAACCUCAAGACCCUGGACUGGGAUCUGCCCACGUUGGAGACGCUGGGGAUCCCCCUCUCCAUCCUCCCCAAGAUCGUGAGCAACUCGGAGCUCAUCGGCGAGAUCGCCGGCGGGUGGCCGCUGACGGGGGUCCCCAUCGCCGGCUGCUUGGGGGACCAGCACGCCGCCAUGCUCGGGCAGCUCUGCCGCAAGGGCGAGGCCAAGAGCACCUACGGUACGGGGGCAUUCAUCCUCCUCAACACCGGCGACGAGGUGGUGCGGUCCUCCCACGGCCUCCUCUCGACGGUGGCGUACAAGCUGGGCCCGGCGGCGCCGACCAACUACGCCCUGGAGGGCUCCAUCGCCAUCGCCGGCGCCGCCGUGCAGUGGCUCCGCGACGGCCUGGGGCUCAUCCGUACGGCCGCGGAAAUCGAGGGCCUGGCGGCGGAGGUGGAGAACUCUGGCGGGGUCUACUUCGUGCCGGCGUUCAACGGGCUGUUCGCUCCCUGGUGGCGCGAGGACGCGCGCGGCGUCUGCAUCGGCAUCACCCGCUACACAAACCGGGGGCACAUCGCCAGGGCGGUGCUGGAGAGCAUGACCUUCCAGGUGAAGGAGGUGCUCAACUCCAUGCACAAGGACGCCGGCGAGAAGAGGGAGGCGAAGACCCGCGACAGCGAGUUCCUCCUCCGGGUCGACGGCGGCGCCACCGUCAACAACCUCCUCAUGCAAAUCCAGGUUUCCGUUGUCUUUCAGUCUGCUUUCUUUCUGGUUCGUGGCGAGGAUUUAUGAUGAUCGUCGGAGCUGGGGGAUGUGCAGGCGGACCUGCUGGGGAGCCCCGUGGUAAGGCCGGCGGACAUCGAGACGACCUGCCUCGGCGCGGCGUACGCGGCGGGGCUGGCCGCCGGCGUGUGGACGGAGGCGGAGAUCUUCGCGGGUGCGGAGAAGGCGGCAGCGGCGACCACCUUCCGCCCCCGGAUGGGGGAGGAGCAGCGGCGCAGCAAGUUCGAGUCCUGGUGCAAGGCCGUCUCCCGGACCUUCGACCUCGCCGACCUCUCCCUCUGA